UUUAAGUAACAUAUUUCUUUAUUUAGCACUGCUCAAAACCUAGCUAGCUUCUUGUCCUUUACAUAUAUGUUGUAGUAGAGUUUUAGGUUGGGAAAGAAGACCAUAAUGCGUGGUGAUGGCGGAGGUGAAGGAAGCAGCAGGAAGAGAAGAGGAUACAUCAACCCUUGUUAUGCCACACGCGCCGCCGAUGCUCAUGCAUGCCACCCAUUUCUCAUUCAUCCUCAUAACCGGUGGUACGUGGCGUGGAAGCACUUCAUUCUGAUAUGGGCAGUGUACUCAUCCUUCUUCACUCCCAUGGAGUUUGGUUUCUUCAGAGGCCUACCCCACAACAUCUUCCUCCUGGACAUCGCCGGCCAGUUGGCUUUCCUGAUGGACAUCUUGGUCCGCUUCUUCCUGGCCAGCCACUCGAACGACCACCGCCAAAUCGCCCUCAGAUACCUCAAGUCUCGCUUCCUCCCCGACCUCCUCUCCUGCCUCCCAUGGGACUACAUCUACAAACUCGCCGGCCACAAAGAGCCCCUCCGCUACCUCCUCUGGCUCAGACUCACCCGUGCUCUCAGAGUCACCGAAUUCUUCGAGUCCCUCGAGAAGGACACCAGGGUCAACUACCUCUUCACCCGCAUCGUCAAACUCUUGGUCGUUGAACUCUACUGCACCCACACCGCUGCAUGCAUCUUCUACUAUCUUGCCACCACCGUGCCUCCUUCUCAGGAGUCUUACACCUGGAUCGGUACCUUGAAGAUGGGUGACUAUUCCUAUUCCGACUUCAGACACGUUGACCUCUGGAAGCGCUACGUUACUUCCCUCUACUUUGCCAUUGUUACCAUGGCCACUGUUGGCUACGGAGACAUCCACGCCGUCAAUGUCAGGGAAAUGAUUUUUGUCAUGAUUUAUGUUUCCUUUGACAUGAUUCUCGGCGCUUACCUUCUCGGCAACAUGACUGCGUUGAUCGUCAAAGGCUCUAGGACGGAGAGGUUCAGAGAUAAGAUGUCCGAUAUUAUUAAGUAUGUUGAUAACAACAAUUUGGACCGCCAGAUACGUCACGACAUUCAACAACAUUUGCGCUUCCGCUUCAAGUAUGAUCACACUUACACUGCACCUUCUGUUCUUCAAGACAUACCCACCACCAUCCGCACUAAGAUUUUAAUCAGUUUAUAUGAGCAGUUCAUUCACAAAGUUUCUCUUUUCAAGGGAUGCUCUUCGGCCUUUAUAAAACAGAUUGCAACCAAAGUUCAAGAAGAGUUUUUCCUCCCAGGAGCAUUGGUUACGGAGCAAGGAGAUGUUGCAGAUCAACUCUACUUUGUAUAUCAUGGUGAGCUGAACGAGGUAAAAAGAGAAGAUGGUGAUACUGAAGAGACAAUCACAUUGCGUACCCAUUGUUACUUUGGCCAGAUUUCUUUUUUUUGCAAUAUGCCUCAAACUUCCACGGUUGAAGCUCGUGAAUUUUCCAAGGUUUUGCAACUUGAUAUGAAAUCCUUUACUGAAAUACUGAAGAUGUACUUUUUAGAUGGUCGUAUUGUCUUAAACAAUCUCCUUGAGGUAAAAAACUUGAGUGUUCAGCGUAAGCUUUUGGUAUCAGACUUCAACCUGACUAUAGGAAACCUGGAAACAGGGCUAGCUACGAGAAUGAACUGUGCCGCUCAUGAUGGUCACCUCGACGUUGUUAAACGUUUGAUUGGAUUUGGGGCAGAUCCCAAUAAGCCUGAUUAUGAUGGCAGAACACCUUUGCAUGUCUCAGCAUCAAAAGGAUAUGUAGAUAUUUCUUCCUUUCUUGUUGAACAAGGAGUAAAUAUCAAUUCCACAGAUAAAUUUGGAGCCACUCCCUUGCUUGAAGCCAUCAAGAAUGGACAUGAAGAAGUAGCAUCUGUACUUGUUAAUUCGGGAGCGAUCCUUACUAUUGAUGAUGUUGGUAACUUUCUCUGCAUGACUGUUGUAAAGAAGGACUUGGACCUUUUAAAAAGGGUUUUGGCUUGUGGAAUCAAUCCAAAUGCCAAAAAUUACGAUCACCGUACACCUCUUCACGUAGCUGCCUCUCAAGGUUUGAUUACAAUGGCUGAAUUACUUCUAGAAGCAGGAGCAAGUGUUUUAUCCAAGGACAGAUGGGGAAAUACACCUCUUCUUGAAGCUCAUACCGGUGGAAAUAGAAAUAUGAUCAAAAUGUUCGAAGUUGCAAAAGUUUCUCAGUUGGCUGAGUUGUCCAGCAGUAUUCAUGAAACUCAAGCAACACCAAUGUUGCAGUCAAGAAAUGAAAUUCCCAGAAAGAGGUGUAUAGUAUUUCCUUUCCACCCAUGGGAUCAGAAAGAGGAAAGAAAAGAGGGAGUGGUCCUAUGGGUUCCACAAAGCAUUAAAGAGCUUAUAAAGGAAUCGAUGAAACAUUUGGACAUUCCAAAUGGUUCCUGUAUUUUAUCAGAACAAGGUGGAAAAAUUCUUUAUGUGGACAUGAUUAACAAUGAUGAGAAGCUAUUUCUGGUUAAUGAAGCACAGAAUGGGGUGAAAAAUUAUGGUUAUCCCAGUGUCCAGACACAGAAGUAGGAUCAAAAAUUGUAAACGCAGUUACGACUAGCUGGUUAAGAUACCUUUCCUCAGUCCACAAAUUUUUCUAUUCCAGAUCAGAAAGUGUGGAAAAUAGAUCCAGAAACUAUGUUCAAUCAAUUUGCAUUGUAUGUCUGCAGUUGUUGUUAGUACAAACGAAUUAUUUAACGAAAAAU